AUGGCCCAUUACGGCCUAAUACGGAGUCUAGAGGUAAAUCACAACAAGACAUGUGGCCAUCGGUCUAUUCCUUACAAUCGCCAUGGAUUACCAUGUUACUUAAAUAUAAACAGUCUGAAAAAUAAAAUUGUCGACGUCAGAGAGAUCAUGUCUAAAUUUUCUCCUGACUAUUUCGUACUUGCAGAAACUAAACUGGAUGAAUCUUUUCCAACUGCUCAAUUUAAUAUUGACGGAUAUGAAAUUAGAACCCGAAAGGACAGAAACAUACAUGGAGGAGGUUUAAUUGAGUAUGUUGGGAAAGGGGUCAUUUGUAAACAGUUACACAAUAUUGGAAUUGUAGAGAAUGAAAUUAUCUGUUCUGAAAUUACUAUUAGAAAUAAAAAAUGGAUUAUAAUUAGCAUUUAUCGGCCACCUUCAUAUUUGAACUUAACACAAUUUUUCUAUGAAUUGGAAAAAAUUCUAAACAAUGCUCUUUCUAAAUGUGACAAUAUUAUUGUUCUGGGUGAUAUUAAUAUAGAUUUUUAUAAUCCAAGUGAUAGUGGCUAUGGGCAGAUGCAGUCACUUUGUGAUAUUUUCAAUCUCAAAAACCUCAUUAAAGAUAAAACAUGCUUUGCAGGAACAGAAGGCUCUUCAAUUGAUGUCUUAUUGACAAACAGAUAUAGGUCUUUUCAAAAUAGUUCAGCGUUUGAAACAGGGUUAAGUGACCAUCAUCUAAUGAUAACUGCAUUUUUAAAAAUGCAUCUAGCCCGUUUACAGCCAAAGAAAAUAUUCUAUAGAAACUAUAAAAAUUUCGAUGAAAAGACGUCUUUGGCUGAUGUAAAAGCUGCUGACUUUUUUUGUGACACUGCCGAUCCUGAUUUGAACUAUGAAAAUCUUCAAGUAAUUUUUAGAAAUAUUGUAGAUAAACAUGCUCCUUUGAAACAGAAAACAUUGCGUGGAAACUAUGCUGCCUUCAUGAAUAAAGAAUUAAGAAAGGCUAUAUACUCUAGGUCAAGGUUUAAAAAUAAAUAUAACAAUGAUAAAACUGAGGAAAACAAUGCCAAUUAUAAAAGACAAAGAAACAAAUGCGUAAAAUUACGAAAUAUAGCUGUUAAGGAAUAUUUUAAAAAAAUAACCCAGGCCGGAGCAGUCGAAAAUAAAAAUUUUUGGAAAGUUAUGAAACCUUUUGUAACCAAUAAAAAUUGCUUAAGUAAUGCAAAUAUUACGAUAAUCCAAAACGAUAAUUUGAUUACAGAUGAAAAUGAAGUGGCAACAACAUUGAAUAGCCACUUCAUAAAUAUUGUUGAAAAUAGCAGUGGUAUUAAACCUACCUCUAUUGAUUUUAAAUCUACAGAAAUCUUACAGAUAAGAAAAAGUGAUGAAGAAAUCAAAAAAGUAUUUAAAGUAAUAAACACUAAAGCGUCUGCAGGCGAAGAUAAGAUACCGCCAAAACUUGCAAAACUAGCUAGUGAGCACUUAAUAUUGCCCCUCAAAAAUGCCUUAAAUAGUAGCAUCCGUGCCAGUUUUUUCCCAACUAAAGCUAAGCGUGCGGUUGUUACACCAAUUGACAAGGGAAGCAAGGAAAAGUACAGUCUCAAUAAUUUUAGACCUAUUAGUGUAUUAAAUUUUUUCUCUAAGUUUUAUGAAAUAAUAAUCAAAGAGCAAAUAAUGUCUUUCAUGGAAAAAAAACUUUCUGUGUACUUAUCUGCUUACAGGAAAAACUAUAGCACCAAUCACGUAUUGAUACGCCUAUUAGAGGAUUGGAAAAAAAAACUGGAUCUGAAUUAUGUGGUUGGUUCAAUAUUAAUGGACUUAUCAAAAGCUUUUGACUGUGUCCCCCACGAUCUACUUAUAGCCAAACUUCAUGCUUACGGUUUUGAUUUAAAAUCACUUGAGUAUAUUCUAUCGUAUCUUACAAACAGAGAACAAUCCACACGAGUAAAUGCGGAGUAUAGUAUAUUUGAAUUAAUUUUGUCAGACGACAAUACGAUAUCAGCUUAUUCAAACACUAUUAAAAAUCUCAUUAAGACUUUAGAAAGGGAAUCCGAAAUUGCCCUUUCUUGGUUAAAUAAUAACAAAAUCAUAGCAAAUCCAAACAAAUUUCAUUCGAUCCUUCUAUCAAGAGCCAAAAUUGAUAACUCGAAGCUUGACAUAAACAUUGGCGAUAGAGUCAUACAAUCAGAAAGGUCCGUAGUAAAACUUUUAGGAGCCAGUAAGAAGUCAAAACAUGAACAACCUAAAAACCAUCAGUGUGAAAACAAGCACCUUUGGUCUAAACAGUUUGCGAUGUUUAGCCCCAAAAGUUUGGAAUAA